AUGUCCAAAUCUGUCUGGCCAACGGCAAAGAUCCAGCUUUGCUGGUGGCACCUGUGGAAAGCCAUUCGAGAACGAUUAGCAAAAUCAAAAUUGUCAACAACUCCAUACAAGCCUGCUCGCGCAAACCACGAGUUUCCCUUCAUUGACAUCUUAUUCGCACCCGCAGGUACUGCAGACGCUGGAGAAUUUGAGGGUGGUGUCCUUCUCAAACCCGAUGAAAUCCACCCUGAGGACGAGGCCGUGCCAUCACUGUCAAUUUGCAUCCCAAACCUGUCUCAGCUCCGUUCCAGCAGAGAUUCGGAGCCUAAUGAUGUUGAUUCAGUGGAUGAUGAAAUCAAUACCAACAGAAAUCCGCUAACAAUCAAAAUCAAGAUACCAAAGAAAGGUCUUGAAGAACGAUCAGCAGACAUUCAUUCCAGAGUAUUUUGUCCCACUCACCUUCGCGAAACGGUAAUUGCACUGAUCGAGCACCACUUUUGUGCGCAUCCACUAAUACCGGGCUACUCGCAUCCAAGCGCUGUUGGCAUCCGUCAGUGGGCGGUCAAACAGAUGUAUACAUUUUGCAAAGAAAACAAUCUUUGCGAGGUUUGGGCUUACCUAUGGGAGAAUUGGUAUCGACACGGCCGGUGGGAGCUUUGGGCACGAGCAGUUGCACCAAUGGAGGUACCGAGACUAAAGACGACUAUGAUAAUGGAAAGCCACUGGCGUCGAAUCAAGGUUGACUAUUUGUACCAUUUUUUGAAGCCUCGUAUCGAUCUUCUGGCAUGGAUUUUAGUCACCAAGCUCGCACCAUCAUACUCCAAAAAAUUAGAUCACUUACUCCACGACACUGGCCGUUUUCGGGAAUUGUCGUCAUGGCGCAAAUCAUUCAAAAGCGAAUGGCAACGAGCACUCGAAACACCGAUAACAAUGCCGAUGAAUGCAAAAUAUCGCCCCGAUGUUGGAAAGUGGGUGUGCACCUGCCCACACUUCGUCAAGAGCCGGUUCCUUGUCUGCAAACAUCUAGUGCAAGACGUGCAUAUAGUUAGCCCAGUAUUUUUCUUGGAAGUUCAAUGUAACCGAACAUUACCUUUCUGGUCGCACCCAUCACUCGUUCCAUUGCAUGACAGCCUUCCUCCCGAUUCCAUGGUACAGCAGACAUUGCAAUACUCGGUGAGAGGAGGGGAGGACGCCCAUGAGAACCCAACUGGAGUAGAGGGAAAUAUAUUUGAUAGGGAAAAUGAAGAAGCGGAAGAUGAGUUUGUGGAUACAGCGGCCGGACGGAUGGAUACACACACCUUUCAAGAACGCUUCGAGGCACACAUCAAAAACCUCCGUGAUUUUUGUGAUGGUCUCCAGUAUCAAAUCCAGUUCAACGAUCACAGGAUGCUCAAUGCUGUCGAGCAUGAGGGUGCAUCAUUCAUCCGCCUGAUGGAGAAUUGCCUUGGUUGA